UGUCAUUGGGAGGGGCAGUGAUGUCACCGGGAGUGGUGGUGACAUCACUGGGAGGGGCAGUGACGUCACCAGGAGUGGGAAUGAUGUCAUUGGGAGGAGCGGUGACAUCACCAGGAGUGGGAAUGAUGUCAUCGGGAGGGGCGGUGACAUCACCGGGAGCGGGGGUGAUGUCGUGGGUAGAGGUGGUGACGUCAUGGGGAGGGGUGAUGAUGUCACGGGGAGGGCAUCACGUGGUCAGGGACAGCGCGGUGACGUCAUCACCGAGGACGGUGACGUCACGGUGGGGAGGGCACGGCGGCGGCGGGGACACCCCGGGGACGAUGACGGCGGCGUCGGGGCCAAGGUCGCCAGGUUUGGGGGUGAUGACGUCAUCGGCGACCGCAAUGACGUUACCACUGCCACCGGCGCCAUCAUACGCCAUCACAAUGACGUCAUCGCCAGUCACAGUGACAUAAUAAGGGGUCACGAUGACAUCAUAAACCAUCAUGAUGAUGUCAUAACGGUUAAUGAUGUCAUAAGUAGUCAUGGUGACGUCAUGAGGGAUCAUGACGGUGUCAUGAGUGAUCGCAGUGAUGUCACAAGGGGUCACGAUGACGUCAUAAGGGGUCGCGAUGACGUCAUAAGAGGUCACAGCGAUGUUGUAAGGGGUCGCGAUGACGUCAUUGCUGGUAAUGAUGACGCCAUAAGGGGUCACGAUGACGCCAUGAGGUGUAAUGAUGACGUCAGAGGGGCUCACGAUGACGUCACAAGGUGUCACGAUGACGUCAUCCGCCGUCUCGACGACUUCGCCGCCUCCCUGGGCGCCGUCCCCCUGGACCUGACGGGUCACGUGAUCCCGGGGGCGGCCGAGGUGGGCGCCGCCGAUGACGUCACCGCCGCCGGCGACGACGUCGCCGGCGAUGACGUCACGGGGGGUUACCUGCUGCGCGGCUGCGACGUGUUCGUGACGCGGGAGCCGUGCGCGCUGUGCGCCAUGGCGCUGCUGCACGCCCGCGUGCGCCGCGUCUUCUACGGCAGCAGCCGCGCCCAGGGAGCGCUGGGGACGCGCUACGGCAUCCACGGGCACCCCCGGCUCAACCACCGCUACCGGGUGUACGCCGGGUGUACUAGGGAACUGGGGAUACUGGGGGUACUGGGAAUGGGAACUGGGGAUACUGGGAGCACUGGGAAUGGGUAACUGGGGAUACUGGGGGCACUGGGAGCACUGGGAAUGGGUAACUGGGAGCACUGGGAGUGCUGGGAAUGGGUAACUGGGAGCGCUGGGGACGCGCUACGGCAUCCACGGGCACCCCCGGCUCAACCACCGCUACCGGGUGUACGCCGGGUGUACUGGGGGAACUGGGAAUGGGUGACUGGGGGAACUGGGAGCACUGGGAAUGGGUAACUGGGGAUACUGGGGGC